GAGGUGGGGGAAGUGAACGCGCGAGAGAGCGAAGUGAGGCAGAGCUCGUUCAGUCGGACUGUUGAGCACCGGAGCUCCACGGAUUACUGUGAUAGAAAUCCGUCUGUUUGGUUUCUGCUGCUGCGCUCGCUCAUGCCCUGGGCGCACUGACGGCUCGGCUCGGCAUUUCAGUGGUCGAACGUCUCUGAAGCGGAUGCGCGAGACCCCGAGAAGGGAAAGAAGAGACUGAAACUUAUUUUCCAAUAACUCCGUGAUUGAAAAUAAAGUGCCGGCAUCAUGCCUAAGCAAGUGGAGGUGAGGAUGCAUGAGAGUCAUCUGGAGCCCAUAGAGGCCAGGCCCAGGAACAAAUGUAUCAGCUGCUUCUCUUCUCUCUUCAAGAACCUGCUGCUCACACUCACCGUGCUCGGUGUGAUUCUGGGGGCUGUGUCUGGGAUGCUGCUUCGUUAUGCCUCUCCCAUCCACCCAGACAUUGUCAUGGUGAUCGCUUUCCCUGGAGACAUCCUGAUGAGGAUGCUGAAGAUGUUGAUCCUGCCUCUCAUCAUCUCCAGUUUAAUCACAGGUCUGGCUGGUCUAGAUGCUAAGUCUAGCGGUCGCCUGGGAACAAGGGCUAUGGUCUACUACAUGUCCACCACGGUGAUUGCUGCUGUGCUGGGAGUCAUCCUGGUACUGGCCAUCCACCCCGGAAACCCCAAGAUGAAAGAGCAGCUGGGAGAUGGCCAAAAACAUGAUGAUGUGUCCAGCCUGGAUGCCUUCUUUGACCUCAUCAGGAACCUAUUUCCUGAGAACCUGGUACAGGCCUGCUUCCAACAGAUCCAGACAGUCACUAAGAAGGUGGAGAAGGUGAUUGAGGAGGACGUCAAUGCCACCACCACCCUGGAGGGGCUCCUGUCCAACGCCACCAAGGAACCUGAGUUCAUCAUCAAGAAGACCCUCCAGUUUAAGAGUGGCAUGAACGUGUUAGGUGUGAUUGGCUUCUUCAUUGCCUUUGGCAUUUGCAUGGGGAAGAUGGGAGAGAGGGCCAAGCUCAUGCUGGAGUUCUUCAACAUCCUCAACGAGAUUGUUAUGAACCUGGUCAUCAUGAUCAUGUGGUACUCUCCCUUCGGUAUCUGCUGCCUGAUCUGUGGUAAGAUCAUCUCCAUCGAUGACCUGGAGGUUGUUGCUAGGCAAUUGGGGAUGUACAUGGUGACUGUAAUUGUGGGCUUGAUCAUCCACGGAGCCAUCUUCCUGCCCGCCAUCUACUUUGCCAUUGUCAGGAAAAACCCCUACACCUUCUUCAUGGGCAUCUUCCAGGCCUGGAUCACUGCCCUAGGGACAGCCUCCAGUGCUGGGACACUGCCUGUCACCUUCCGUUGCCUGGAGGAAAACUUGGGAAUCGAUAAGAGAGUCACCCGUUUCGUGCUCCCAGUCGGGGCCACCAUCAACAUGGACGGAACCGCCCUCUAUGAGGCCGUGGCGGCCAUCUUUAUUGCCCAGAUGAACAACAUCUAUCUGGAUGCUGGUCAGAUCGUCACUGUCAGUCUGACAGCUACCCUGGCCAGUGUUGGUGCAGCCAGUAUUCCCAGUGCUGGACUGGUGACUAUGCUUCUGAUCCUCACUGCAGUGGGCCUGCCAACUCAGGACAUCAGCCUGCUGGUUGCUGUUGACUGGCUCCUGGACCGGUUCCGUACCUCAGUGAACGUGGUGGGAGACUCAUACGGCGCGGGCAUCGUGUACCACCUGUCCAAGGCUGAGCUGGACGAGCUGGACGCUACACAUGGCAAGUCAGAUGACAUUGAGAUGAUGAACAAGACCUCGUCCUACUAUGAUGACCUCAAGAACCACCACGAAAACAACUCCAACCAGUGCGUCCAAUAUGCCGCUCACAAUUCAGUAGUGGUAGAUGAGUGCAAGGUAACCUCGACCACAAAUGGCUCUACCGCUGCGGCGACCACGGCAGAGUGCAUGCUUGUUGAGGAGGAACCCCAGAAACGUGAAUAAAGCCAGCACACAGAUCCCCAGUUCCACAUGCUUUCCUAUCUGGUGAAAAAAAGAGUCAUGCGAACACAACUACUAAUUGUCUUUUUUUAAUGUAGUUUUAUUUCUUUUUUGAAAUGUUUGUAUUAGUUCCUACAGUGUUUCUAACUGUCUAUCUGACUGACUAAGAGGACUAAUACUAAUUCACUUAUCAGUGAGAUGAUAACAAAGGUAUGUUUUACCUGUUAGAGCACUAAUGUGUGCUUCAUAGCAAACAUUUGCACAGCAUAAAUUAUUCCUAUAAAUAUAUGCAUCUAUAAGAGUACUGCAUUCAAAGCAGGGGGAAAGCAGGGGGAGGGUCAGAGUUUGGGGGAGUAACAAUGGAACAACAGUCCUCCAGAAUGUGAUUGUAGCUGUGAGUUUGGUACUGGCAAUUUGGCAGUCUAACAACAGACAAUGUGUGGAAGAUAAGAGUGUGAGUCAUGCUAGACUGAAGGAAUGCCUGUAUCAAACUUGACAUUAUUACACACGUCAUUACUAUUACCAAUGAUACCACAGUAGGCAUCUGUUGAGCCCUGGCCCCUUUUUCCUCACAAGUUAACCUUUGACCUAUACCUGACAGAGCCCAUGUGACCUAUCUGAGUGUCUUUAUUACCUGAUAUUACCCACAAUCCCCAGGGGGAAUUAGGGUGGUGAUACUGUAGAAUAGAGAGACACAUACCUAUAAGGGCAGGGUCUGCAACCUGAGCCUUACUCCACAAGCACAUGUUCUCUGGAAUUCAAAAGCACAAAACACAAACGAAACAUGGAACCUCUCCUUCCCUUUUUUAUUGUAAUAUGUUCUUUUUCUACUGUAAGGGAAAGGGACUUCUUAAAUGUCGCUUCUAGCUUCUAGUGUGAGAUUAUAUACUGUAUCUGUGUGAUUUGGGUGUGUGUGUAUGUGUGGAUGGGUUGGGGGUGAGAACAUGACAUAUCUCCCCAGUUACUAAUAGGGACCAAACAGGCAUAUAAUCAAUCAAGCCAGAAGGCUUUGAAAAACCUCCAUGACUUAUUGACGGUCAUUUAUAUGGUCUUUCGGGGUUUCUUACUUUGUACACAAUCUAUUUGUAGCUAUCUCCAAGUGAAGAAGGUGUCUCAUUACUCAUUUUAACUCCUGCAAAUUAUAUACCAAGAGGUGCAUAAAGAUCUCUUCAUGCAAUUACUGCAAUGCCUCAAACAGAAACGUAAAGGUGAAAUUUGUCCCCAGAUACCAAUAUAUCAAUAGCUUCAGUUCAGGGAUGUUUUUCAUAUAAAUUAGUCCAAGUACUGAAGUGUAGGAGGUAUUUAUCAGACCCCUCUCCCUUCCACUGAAGCUAUCAAUUUGAUUAUCUGAGGCUAAAAAUAAUGAGAAUCAAGUGUAAAUUGUGAAGGAUCUAGCAAGAUACGAUAAAUAUCUUGAUAAAUAUGACAAGUAAAAAAUCAAGUUGUUCUAAAACUGAAAAUAAAUGUAAUACUGAGAAGUACAAAUAGCACAAUUGCAGCUUUGAGGAUAAAAGAGUUAUAGAUCAUUUUUUAUCCCUUUUUGACACGGGUCUCUUUUCACAUUUGACAUUUGUAAUUCAAAGAACCCAAUAAAGGGAAACUAUACUCAGGCUGUAGCAUCAACUCCUUGGCAGGGAAAGAUACACUUUCACCAAGCCCUCAACAUGUUUACCUGCUCCUGAAAGAAAAUAGGAUAUUGACACUUGCCUUUAUAUAGCACAACUUAAAUAUGAAAGCUUUGACUUUGAACACCGACUGUUUAACACCUUGAUAUUUUUUAAAGAGAAACAUUUUUUGUAUAUCUUGCUAUAUGACAGAGACAAAGUUUCCCUUUACAACUAUUACUAAGUAAGAUACUUUAAUACUUUAUUUUUAGCCCACAAAUUUUCACAUUUUUCCAACUUUACCAUUCCAGUGACUCCAAUUUUCUUGGCUUCCCUUAGUGCCUGAAAGUACAAACACACAUAUAUUAUCAAAGAUGCCACAGAACAACCAUAGAAGUGAAAAAAGUAAUACGACUGCAAGUUUCAACAGGUUGAUAACUCACUGCACAACUACUGGCCAGUUGGCAGUAUUUACAUCCCAACUAUUUUUAUCCACCCCAAGAGUGGGGUCUCCUUUGUGAGUAAACAACCUAUUACCACAGACGAUGACGACUGUUACUAAUGUAUAGCAGUCAUCUUGCUGCCUGAAAAUGGCCACUACAAACAUGGCAACAAUCAGGUAGGAGAAUUCUAUCCCCCUAAUGGAACCAAACUGGCUAAAAAGAUAAACCCACACAAAGUUUGACCACUGGCUGCUAAUCAUUAAUGCAUGUAUGUGAUUGUAUGAGAGACAUUUUGUGCAGGUGAGGCGUUCUGCAGGUGUGGAUUUCUUUAUCUGUGUCAUGUCCUGCUCUAUGGUCUAGUUUUGUUUAUUUUGUUCAAUGACAACCUUGCUUUGAAGAUAACUCAAAACUGUGCAGUCAGUUUGACCGUUAUAAAGUCACACUAGAAAACUUAACAAGCAUUCAUAGUGCAGCACACAGUCAUUUAGUUACCUAAAAAACUUUCUCAGUCAGAAUAUCAAUGCCACGUUGCUUUUGAGCUUGUAUAACAAAGUGUUCUUCUCUACGCCACAGCACACAAUGGUGUUCUGUUGUAAGAGCUGCAUGGACACUGCCAUCACACACAGACACAAUGCACAGACACACACACACACCCAUGCCCGCACACACACAUAUGCACACACACGUAUGCACACUCGCAUACAUGCACAGACGCACACAACACAUACACACAUCCGACACUUGCAUGCACACACGCACACAAUUAAACCUGGAAUGUCACCACACACAUUCUAACAUGCAAUGAGUGAGAUGCUGAGCACAGCACUAAAACUCCUGAUGGCACUAGGACCAUAGGGAUUGAGUGUUUGAACACUAUUCUGUCCAAACUCACUGUUGUAGGAGCAUGAAGUUAAAAAUUAGGAUAUUUGUUUUGCACCACUAUCUUAAAAGCAUGAUAUUGAAGUGCCUCCUUGCACUUUGUGUACAUAUUGAGGGUAACAAAUAUUUUGUUUUAUUUUUGGGAGGGGGGGGGGGUUUGACAUGGUAUGUAGGAAUAGAGAUUAAUUGCUGUGACAGUUUUUUGUAAUCCUCUAGAGAAAUAUUAUCUAUGUUCUGAAUAAAAAUAGAUUAGUCAAAAUUUCUAGAAAAUAAUGUGUAAUAAAUUGCUUAUUUUUAUUUGUUAAUAGCUGUUAACUAGUUCUCACUUUGCUGCCACACAUCAAUAUAUGCAUAUCUUUUUUUGUAUCUAAUGUAAGCAUUUUGAAUGGUUGUUCCAUGGAGAUAUAAGUUGUGUACAUUCAUUUUCAUUGUGCAUACAUGUCCCAGAGAUAACAAUGAUUCUGACGUGCACAAUGUUGAACUGGAAAGACAAAUAGAAAGAGGAGAAACUAUCUGAUUAAAAAAAGGAGUCCAUGUGGGGUGAUGUGCUGUUUCUAAGUUGGUGAGAUGUGGAUGUUAUCAUGACUAGGUCUCCAGAGGAAUAGGAAAAGCUCAAAUUUACUAUUAACUAGUGAAACAAGUACAGCUUAGCUUGUUCAUUAUGACUAAAAUAGCAAAUCUGAUCAGAAUGUCUGGCCUAGCAUCUAACAACAUAUAGCUCCUCGUGGUCACCCUGAUCCUGUUCCAGGAAUCAUCUAGACUUUCUACCAGAGAACACCACACUCACCAUCAGUGUCCGCCUCCUGUCUUGUGCUUUAUGCAUCAUAUUGUGGUAACUACAAGACAUAAUUAAAUACACCAAACAGUCAGAUUUCAUGUUUAGAUUAUUCCUCACAGAAAGAGACAGUAACUGUAACGAGCCCCAGUGCCAUAUCCAUACACUAGCCUCUGUCUAUCCAGAACUAUCAACCCACCAGCACCAUUUCAUAAACCUAUCCACACACAUAUUGGUAAAUUUGCCUUUUUGCCUUUCUUCAUUUUCAUCACAAUUGUUUGCACACACACAAACAAACCCAAUAUUGAGUGAAGAGGAUGCUCAAAUGGAAAUGGGUUGGCACAGUAUUUCUAAGAUGAGCCAGUAUAUCUUCAAGUCUGUAUUCUGCAGAAGUCUCUGUGUUUCUGAUAGGCUCCUCCUGAGUAGACCUGAUAACCUGAUAGGCUCCUCCUGAGUAGACCUGAUAACCUGAUAGGCUCCUCCUGAGUAGACCUGAUAACCUGAUAGGCUCCUCCUGAGUAGACCUGAUAACCUUUCUCACUCCUGCCCUACCUUUCACUCCCUCGCUUACUGUUCUAGGAUAUCCCUUAUUUGUAAAGCUGUUGCUGUAAUUUUGAUGUAAAGGGAGAGAUUAUGUCUGGGGGACAGAAUAUUACAAAAUAAAGACAAAAAAAUAUCUGAAUUAUUUUCUUUACCAGAUCUGUGGUAUAAAAGUAUGUUCAUACAUAUCAAUAAGUGUUGUACCAUUGGUGUACAUACGAUUAUGAUAACUAAUAAAUGUUGAUUCAUAACUAAA